CCUCAAGGGUUCUUCUGUUGGCCACUGACUCCUUGCCAUUCAUUGUUUGCCCACACGUUGGAGGGAACCACGAGAUAAGAGACUGUGCAUGCGUGAUGAAACAUAUGUGAAAAAUGAGGAGAGAAAUUGCAGCUGUGGUGUUCUUCCUGAAGAGGCUUGUGAUAAAGGGGGGGAAGCUGGAAUCGCACAAGAUUGAGCUGUUUGUUGAGAGGCUCGCUGUUGCUCUGCAGGAGAAGUUCAAGGGGCACUGGUACCCCGGAAACCCCAGCAAAGGGCAAGCAUACAGGUGCAUCCGAGUGAACAAGUUCUGCAGGCAGGAUCCAGAGCUCCUCAGGGCCUGCCGGGAGAGCGGGGUUCAGUACAGUGACCUGGGACUUCCCCGUGAACUUACAUUGUGGGUGGACCCCGGGGAGGUGUGUUGCAGGUAUGGAGAACAAAAUCCUUUCUUCUCCGUGGCCACUUUCUGUAGUGAUGAGGAAGAGGACAAAGAUGUUGCAAAGAAGGUGACUAGCGCUUUGGAGAGGGUGACAUCGGACUAUCACUCAGGUUCUUCAUCCGACGAGGAGAGCACACGCACUUCCCCCCUUACUGUCGCCAACAGCCGCUGUCCCUACCAGGCAAUGAAUCCAGCUGCCCCUACAUGGCUUCCAAAAAAAAUGGUACCAGUGAAAGGUAACAUCCUUCCACGGCCUCACUAUGGUUUCAGGCCUCGCAGCAGAGCCCCCAACACUUUAAGGCAUAAACUGUGGUUCCCUCCUGGUUAUAGAGGAGGGCCUGGAUACUGGGACACAAACCAAAAUCUGGCACACUGCUACAGUUAGUAAUAAUGGUGCAUAUUGUUCACACUGGACAUUAAAGCUGAAGACAACUUUAAGAUGACUGACCAAUGUUUUUUUUAAAAUCAAUUUUUAUAGCUAAAAUAUUGAUUGUUUUUGAGUCUUUUUUGCACUUUAGAUCAUUUGUUAUAGUUUGAAUAAAUCACUUGUAUUAAAUUAGAUAUUGAAAUUGGAAUACUACACGUGUAGUCUUGAAGUACUGUAUUUUUACAAUGGGAGACUUUCAUGUAUGGCACCUACUGUCCUUUGUGAUGUUUUAUUUAUUCAUAGUGUAGAAUGCUCAGAUGUAUAGGCUUAAAUUUAUGAACUUUUAUUAAACACAAUUUCCAA